AUGGCUGAGGUGUUUGGCAUAGCCGCUGGUGCAAUAGGCAUCUUGCCGCUCGGCGCGCAAUUUGUCAAGGGGGUUCAAAGACUCUGCACAAGAUACGCACGACCUUUGCACGUUCUUGGGGAUGUGGAAAACGUAGAAAAGCGCCCACAAGGCAGUAGCAACCACCCGUUGAUUCUUCCGCGAUGUCAAGCAGACUAUACCAAAGUCCUCACGGGGCUCGAGGCAUUACAGCAACGCUUUCCGGUCGAACAGUCCAGUGAGCCUGGUAAACCGACAAAGAUGCGGCUAGUCUCCGAGGGCCCACGUGGACAACUAUCGGAAGUGUCAGCCAUCCUUGGCAGUGGAUUCCUAGGCGAUGAUGGAUAUAACUAA